UCUACUCCGAGUCACUGUUAUCGUCAAGCAGCGCGUAUAGAGUGAAUUGGUUAGACACCUACAGUACAAGGAUUUCUAUUUUACGUCAAUUUUCGAGUAUAAAUACGUGUGCCUUUGCUGUCAGAACUUCAGUACGACAAGCGUUACGCUGCUGAGUGGACGCAUCGAGCGCUUGAAACGAAGCCAAUAGGAAGUGCGUGUGUGUCUAAUUUUGUGAAAUAGAAAAUACGAAAUUUCUUACGACAAACUUUUUUCGAGUGUUGAACAUUUUUUGGAAAUUUUUUUUAAACUAAAAAUUCAAAAACGAAUCAUGGCUAUACCGUUCUACGAGCCACGCCAGCAACACUCCACUGAGUGUGAUCAAAUUGACGGACAUUUUCCGCCAGCACCAAGCAGUCAGUCCGUGUCAUUGCCGACGGCAAAUCUUAGUGCGCCCAUAGCCAUAAAUCAAGCGUCGGCCAGCACAAGUACAGCAGCGCCCAUAUUAGUAGCAAGUGCUAAUGCUACACCGACGGCUUUUCCGAAUGCGUCCACAACUUCGAGAAGUUCCACGGCAACAGAUACAAAUACUGCGUCAGCCACUUCAAGCGCGUCUUCAAGUACAAUCUCUGGCACUUCCGCCGCCACAGCAACAUUUUCGAUUUCAACUACUAAUCCAGCCACCGCCGCUUCCUUGUCGUCCAAUUCGCAUUCUAAUGGUUCCUCCGAAACUUCAUUGCCGUCUUCAGCCGUUCCAGCGUCGGAACCGCUACCUUGGAAGCUGCUUGCUGUGGCUAUGUGUAAAGCUUUAAAACAAUAUUAUCAACAAACUGGUUCUGCAGACGUCCUCACCACCGCGGUCAUCGAGAUACUGCCCACUGCAGUAGCUGGUGGCGUACAAGAGCAGUCGUCUGCCGCCGGCAAUUAGUGAAAAGAAGUUACUACAAUUUUACGUUCCUGGUCGAGUGGUCAAAGGCAUUACAAGUGUCCAGUGUAUUGUGUGGUAAAGCUCCGAAAAAGCGCAAUUGUGAUUAUGAGAAACUCCGAAGAAUUGACGGAUUCAAGAGAAACCUUGUAUGUCCGUCGGUAAAAUGCUGAUUUAGCGGAGCGCUCAGUAGCCAUUUUAUGAGAAAGCAAAUUAUUGCAGUGAAGUGUGAGAUAUAAGCGUAAUUGUGAUAGCGUUUAUGGUUUAAGUAUGAAAAGUUUCAUUAGAAUUAGUUGAGGAUUAAGGAGAUUACUUAAUAUAAGAUUAAUGAAAUUAAGAGAUAUUGAAAUAGUAUAAUUUGUAAUGCAAGUUAUAAGUAAUUUUUUCAUAUUGCAAAAAAGUUCGAAGUUCGUAUAAUUGCUGUCUAAGAAUAUAGACUCAAAAUAGUUCGUUUUCUAAAUUAAAAUAAUUUUUCUUUUACAUUGUCUCAAAUUGAUAGAAUAGUUUGUGUUUAUAUGAAAGUAAUUAAAUUUAGAAAUUUUGAUUUGUUAAAUUU